AUGGCGGACGUAAGCACUUCCGGCUCUUCCGCCACCGCGGACGCACCAGCAACGCCUCGCUACGACUUCUAUCAGACAGACACCGUCCUCACCCUCUCGAUCUUUGUCAAGGCGGCCUCCCAAGAAUCGCUCCAGAUUGACAUCGCCGAAAGCUCGCUCUACGUUAAGGCGAUCUCGUCCAUCACUGGCUCCGAGUACGUCCUUCGUAUCGAACCGCUCUUCUCUACGGUCGAUGUGACAAACUCAUCCUACAAGGUGCUCUCGACUAAAAUCGACGUGGUGCUGCACAAAGCGCAACCGGGUCUGCGUUGGCUCUCGCUCAAAGGCGCGUCGGCUCAGCAGAGCGCGAUCCCGGUAGCUGCGCCAACGAACAUCUCCACACAAGCAGCAAAACCAGCUGCUCCUCGAACGAAGUCCAAAUGGGACUCGUUCGAUCCUGAUGCGGACGACGACACCGCAAAGGGACCCGCUGGCGCAGCAGGGGGAGGUGGCGACGAAGCCGACAUCAACAAGUUCUUCCAGAAGCUCUACGCAGAUGCAGACCCCGAUACUCGAAGAGCGAUGAUGAAAAGUUACCAGGAAAGCGGUGGGACCACAUUGUCGACGGACUGGAGCAAGGUCGGAAAGGAAGAGGUCCGAACGCAUCCUCCUGACGGUAUGGAGGCCAAAAAGUGGUAG